AUGGCAAAUAAUAAGAAAUCACCUCUAAAACUGGUUCUUGGAGCCGCCAAUGUCGGAGACACAUCUGUCGACGCUAUGGCACGGUUUGACACUCCUGACCAAGUGAAUGCCUUCUUCGACGUUUUCGCCAAGCGAGGCUACAACCAGAUCGAUACCGGCGCCGCGUAUUCGCCUCAGGCUCCAUACAGCUCUGAGCCUCGUAUUGGAGCAGCGUCUGCGGGCGACAGGUUCAAAAUCGACACCAAAGCUGACUGGUUCCAAGGCCACACCAAAGAGAGUGUCUCACGAGACAUCGACAAAUCACUCAAGAACCUGAAGAUUGACCAGAUCAACAUCUACUACUUCCAUGUAGCCGAUCGCAAUAACCCACCUGAACCUGCCAUUGAGGCUAUCGACCAAGCUUAUAGAGACGGCAAGAUUAAAGCCUGGGGUAUCUCAAACUAUCGAGCCGAUGAGGUUCAGCAAACCAUUGAUAUAUGUGAGGAGCGUGGAUUUGUCAAGCCUAGCGUCUAUCAAGGCAUGUACAAUCCAAUCGCACGAAGUGGCGAGAAAGAGCUUUUCCCGCUUCUUCGAAAAUAUGGAAUGGCGUUCUACGGUUACAGCCCUGCUGCAGCCGGGUUUUUCGCUGGGAGCCACAAGACCGCCGCACCAGCCUCGCGGUUCGAUCCGACUCUUAAGGUGGGACAGAUGUACGCCUCUCUGUACGCCAAACCCGCGAUAGAUACGGCUGUGGACAAAGCCCUUGUCGUAGCAGCCAAGUAUGACAUUGCUGGCCACUCUGCAGCGCUGCGAUGGACAGCUCACCACAGCAUUCUCGACAAUCAGUAUGGAGAUGCUAUUAUUGUGGGGGCUUCCAGUAACCAGCAGCUCGAGAAGAACCUGGAUGUGAUCGAAGAGGGUCCGCUGCCUGAAGAAGUGGCUGUUGCUUUUGACAAUGUUUAUAAGGAGGCUGGUGAUCAGGUGCAGUACCACAUGUAA